AUGCCGGGGAAAGCAGCUGAGCGGGCCGGGCCGCCGCUGAGGGGGGCCGCGCCGGCCGGUGCCGUGUGUUGCAGGUACCUGGUGGACAGCCGCUGGUUCAAGCAGUGGAAGAAGUACGUGGGCUUCGACAGCUGGGAUAUGUUCGGCGCGGGCGAUCCCGGCCUCUUCCCUGGGCCUAUCGACAACUCGGGUCUCUUCGGCGAUCCAGAAACCCAGAGUUUAAAAGAACACCUCAUUGACGAGCUAGAUUACGUAUUGGUUCCCACUGAAGCCUGGAAUAAACUAGUAAAGUGGUAUGGCUGCAUAGAUGGACAGCAGCCUAUUGUGAGAAAAGUAGUGGAAUAUGGUCUGUUUGUGAAGCACUAUAAGGUUGAAGUUUAUCUUCUUGAGCUGAAGCUGUGUGAGAGCAGUGAUCCUGACAAUGUAAUUAGCUGCCACUUUAGCAAAGCAGAUACUGUUGCUACCAUUGAGAAAAAAAUGAGAAAACUGUUUAAUAUCCCAGCCGAGAAGGAAACUAGGUUAUGGAACAGGUAUAUGAGCAACACUUACGAGCAGCUCAGCAAGCUGGAUAGCACUGUGCAAGAUGCAGGGCUCUAUGACCGUCAGGUUGUUCUAAUAGAAGUGAAGAAUGAAGAUGGCACGUGGCCUGGACAGCAUUUCCUGGCAAAGUCUUGUUUAGGGUUACAAAAAACUUCUUUUAAGAAUACCACCCAGAGAUCUGCCCCAAGGCUGGAUAGUCAUGGGUGGCACGGCAUAUGGGAGAAUAUGGGCAGGUAUCUAGAGAACUUCUCACCUCCAGUGGUUUGGAACUUCACUCCCGAACAACUACAGAACCCUCAUGAAGUGGUAGAAUAUUUGAAAAGAAAAUGCUGUGGCUAUUCCAAAGAGGCACAACUUACCACACUGUGCUGGGCCCUGGCCAGCAUCUACCAAACACUGCUCAAUAUUAUGCAGCACCCUCAGCGGGCAGGGAGGGAAAACAGACCAACAGGCACUGCAGCUCUUCCAACCCUCAUGACAAGCACUGUGGGUACUCAAACCCUCGUGACAGGCACUGUGGCUACUCAAACCCCAGCGACAGGCACUGCAGCUGAACCAGAGAACCAAACUGUGCCAGUAUCAGUUGCACCUGUACAGAAGAAGAAAUACACAAAAAAAUCAGCUCACUUAAUGAGGGAUGAAAGUGAACCAGGGUCAUCACAAGAACGGGAGGAAGAGGCAGAACCAAAGAUAACCACCCGAUCCCUAUCCCCGAGUGAGCUGCGAGAUAUACAAAAGGAUUUCAGCCGCCAUCCAGGUGAGCACAUUGUCACCUGGCUGCUCCGAUGCUGGGAUAGUGGGGCCAGUAGCUUGGAAUUAGAGGGUAGGGAAGCCAAGCAGCUGGGAUCCCUGUCUAGGGAAGGGGGCAUUGACAAGGCGAUUGGGAAAAAGACACAAACGCUCAGCCUCUGGAGGCGACUUCUGUUGGGUGUGAAGGAAAGGUACCCCUUCAAGGAAGAUAUUACAUGUCACCCAGGCAAGUGGACCACUAUGGAGAGAGGUAUCCAGUACCUGAGGGAAUUAGCUGUGCUAGAGGUGAUUUAUAAUGAGCGGUUACCCACAGAUCCAGAUGAAGUGCAAUGCACGCAACCCAUGUGGCGGAAGUUUCUACGAAGCGUACCACCGUUGUAUGCCAACUCAUUGGCCAUAGUGUCCUGGAAAGAAGGUGAGGGACAGACAGUGGAUGAAGUGGCUGGACGACUCCAGCAAUACGAAGGAAGUAUCUCUUCUUCCCUACGGGCCUGCAUCUCAGCUGUGGAGAAACUGCCAGACAUGCUAGCUGAGAAACUGUCCCGAGAGUUCCAGCGAUUUGAGGAUAAGUUCUGCCCCGCACCUGUCCAGGCCCCUAUCUCAGCUAUUAGGAGUCGGCAUUCUUCUGCUGAAGAGAAAGGGUAUAGAAGAUCAAGUACUGCAACUAGCAGAAACUUUACUACCUCUUCAAAAUCAUCAGCAAGUUCUUAUUCCUCAGUGUCUGCCACUUCUGUCAUUACUAACGGUGAUAGCAGUAACUCCUAUGGACUGAACAGCUCCCACCUGGGCAGGGGAGGUUCUGGAUUUGUCUGUAACUCUUACAACUGCAGGGACAGUGCUUCCCUGUCACAGCCUGGACUCUGUGGACUCAGUAACCUUGGAAAUACCUGCUUCAUGAAUUCUGCAUUACAGUGUCUGAGCAAUACCCCUCCUCUGACUGACUAUUUCUUGGAAGAUAAAUAUGAAGCUGAAAUAAAUCAGAACAAUCCACUGGGGAUGAGGGGAGAAAUUGCAGAAGCCUAUGCAGAGCUCAUUAAACAGAUUUGGUCUGGCAGACAGUCUCACGUGGCCCCACGUAUGUUUAAAACACAGGUUGGCCGAUUUGCUCCGCAGUUUUCAGGAUACCAGCAGCAAGACUCGCAGGAACUCUUGGCUUUUCUUCUAGAUGGCUUGCAUGAGGAUUUGAACAGAGUGAAGAAGAAGCCCUACUUGGAGCUGAAGGAUGCCAAUGGCAGACCUGAUUCGGAGGUGGCAAAAGAGGCCUGGGAGAAUCACAGGCUGAGGAAUGAUUCUAUUAUUGUGGAUAUUUUUCAUGGUCUUUUCAAAUCUACCCUUGUUUGUCCCAAAUGCUCCAAAGUUUCUGUGACCUUUGAUCCCUUCUGUUACUUAACCCUUCCACUGCCCUUGAGGAGAGAUCGUCUCAUGGAAGUUACCCUGGUAUAUGCAGACCCACAGCACAGACCUGUCCAGUACCGGGUUGUGGUGCCGAUGAUGGGGGCUAUCUCAGAUCUGUGUGAAUCACUCUCCAAACUCUCUGGUGUUCCUGCAGAAAACAUGGUGGUGACAGACGUGUAUAAUCAUCGAUUCCACAAAAUCUUCCAAAUGGAUGAAGGUUUAAAUCAUAUCAUGCCAAAAGACGACAUCUUUGUAUACGAAGUUUGCAAGUCAAGUGAGGAUGACUCGGAUUACGUUACUCUCUCUGUUUACUUUCGGGAAAAGACAAUGAGGCAAUCCAGCAAUACUUCAGGGACCGUACUCUUUGGUCAGCCACUAUUAAUAUCUGUGCCGAAGCACAAGCUCACUGUGGAUCACUUGUACAGUGUGGUUUUGGAGCAGAUCAGCCGCUAUGUGAAGCUCCCUUUGACAGAAGAAUACCCUACAACCUGCCCAGACAAAGGAACCUGCAAUGGCUCCAAUGGUGUGGUUGAAGGUGACAUUGAAGAGAUGGAGCAUCAGGAUGGUGGACAGGAAGGCAAGGAAAAGCUGGCAGAAGUUGAUCCCUGCCACUCUGAGGGUUGUAUGCAGAUCGAGUCAGCAAGAGACCCGCAGCCUUACAAGAAGCAGCAUUUCACUUUUAGCCUCGUGAAUUCCUCUGGGACUUCUGAGAUAAACUCCAUUGUAGAAGGAAAAAUCUUAAAACUGAAUGCUUUUUCUGCGCUUGCUAUUGACUGGGAUUCUGAUACGCGGAGGCUACUUUUUGAUGAACAGGAGGCACAGGCAUUUGAAAAACAUGGAAGUAUGUUACAACCACAGAAGAAGAAGGCUGUGGUAGCCCUCAGAGACUGCAUAGAGCUCUUCACUACUAUGGAAACGCUUGGUGAACAUGACCCGUGGUACUGCCCUAACUGUAAGAAACAUCAACAGGCCACAAAGAAGUUUGACUUGUGGUCUUUGCCCAGGAUCUUGGUAGUGCAUUUAAAACGCUUCUCAUACAGCAGAUACUGGAGGGAUAAACUUGACACUGUUGUGGAAUUCCCUAUCAGGGGUUUAAACAUGUCCGAGUUUGUCUGUGACCCAAGAGCAGGCUCAUAUGUGUAUGACCUCAUUGCAGUUUCCAAUCACUAUGGAGCCAUGGGAGUAGGCCACUACACUGCCUACGCAAAGAACAAAGUGAAUGACAAGUGGUACUACUUUGAUGACAGCAGUGUGUCGGCAGCUUCAGAAGACCAAAUAGUGACAAAAGCUGCGUAUGUGCUGUUUUAUCAGCGCCGAAACAGUGAGGAACAUACUGCCCCAUCUCCUCCUCAAGAAGAGUGUGACGGCAUGGAUACCAACUAAACAUCAUCUCCAGCACUUGCCACCAUGUUAGUGGUUGCUCUUCUAAAGCCAUGCCUGAGGCGUAUGAAAAUUUUUCUUCCUUCUGUAGGAGUCAAGCAGAAAAUCUAGCACUGAAAGAUUCAGUGCUGGGGGUUGCAGAAUAGCACUGGAGAGCCAGGAAUAGGUGCUGACACUUGGGUAUUUAGAGGCCAAAAAUAAUAUAUAUUGGAGCUUCAAUAAAGUUCUUUUUAAAAUCUG